AUGGAGGUUAUAAAAGGACCUCCAUGGUUACUCUCCAAGUAUCCUCCUUCACCCUCUCCAAAUAUCGAAACUCAAUUUACUGAAAUUGUGCUACGAGCGAAACCUAAUUCCUGCUCAAAAAUGGCGCUUGUCCGAUUCUCAGAUGCCGAUGUGGCGGCAGGAGCGCAGCGAGGCGAACUGACACUGGUGGGGCGUAUCUGCGGGGCUCCGCCGGCGCUGCAUUCACUGAAGGCGACGAUGGGCAGAUUGUGGAACUGCGUUGGGGAAUUCUCGAUGGUGCCGCUGGGUUGGGGACUGAUACAGAUCGUGUUCUCAUCUUUGGCAGAUGCGAAGCGGACCGUGAAGGAGGCACCAUGGAUCCUUCCGAAAUUCCUCCUACACUUGACAAAGUGGGCUUCUCCUUCACAGGAGUUGGCGGACUCCCUUACCUGUGUCCCUCUCAUGCUUCAACUGUGGGGCAUUCCUUUUGAGUGCCUGACUGAGAGACUGGGCUCGCUGCUGGGCGCAUCCCUAGGACCAGCAGACCCAGCCACGAUUCACCAAUCGGAGUCAUCAGGAGGGCUAUUCAUCCAAGUCCGAGUCACGCUAGACUUGACCAAGCCUCUGCCCGAUGAGAUUCCGGCGGAACACGAAGACGGCGGGAAAGGGGUUUUCAAGGUGAUGGUUAAGUAUACGAAACUCCCCCAAUUUUGCUAUUUAUGUGGUAUCAUUGGGCACAUAGGGCAAAGCUGCCCACAGAAGGCAGAAUUGGAGGGCAAACCUCCCAGAUAUGGACGUCACACUGUGAGUCAAGAGAAGGGGCCUCGAGUGAGUGAACUGGCCCUAACCCGGCGCAAGAAGAGAUUCUCCUGGGCUCGUCAGAUGAUCACCGCUGAUCCGGGGACUGGAUUGUGGGGAGUUUCGUCUCCCAAAUCUGGUGCUCUGGUUGUCAACUCGCGGAUGAAAGCACUUUCCAUUGAAAGGAGGCCAGAUGCUGAACCACGUUUCAUCCCAAAGUCAAUGGCGCAAUUCCAACAGAUAGGGGAAGAUAGCCGUGAAGAAGGUGAAAUCAUGAUCUCGGAGGAGCCAGCCCCAAAGAGAGUCUGUACAGGGAAAGCUCUGGUUGUUACUAUGGCGACAUCAACUACAAGGGUGGAGGAAACCAGCCCCGACUGGUCCCAGCUGGAUAAAUGA